CUCACUCCCUUCCCCCGCCAAACUUCAGAACACAGAAGGCGGAGCAAAAAUGUCGAGCACCAAUCUCCUCCGUUUCCCUCUCCUUCAGCUCCACUCCCGGCCGCCGUCCACUCUCUUUUUUCCUGCCAUUAAAUCGCAUCUCUCCGUCGUAUCGAUCGCUUUUUCGACCUCCCAGUUCCUUCGUAACCCUUCCCAUGGUCCGGCAAGGUUCGCGCUCAUGGCAAAGCCUCCAAAAAGCGACAGCACGGAGCAGAAAUGGAGCUACGAAGGCUCUAUCGUCGAUUCUCUCCCCAAUGGAAUGUUCAGAGUUCGAUUGGAUAAUGAAGAUCUCAUUCUUGGCUACAUAUGUGGUAAAAUUCGGAAGAAUUUUGUGCGUAUUUUGCCUGGUGAUAGGGUUAGGGUUGAAGUUAGUCGUUAUGAUUCUAAUAAAGGCCGUAUUGUCUAUAGACAUCGAAGCAGUAGUUAGGAUUCAUCUUCAUGAAUGCUAGUUGGAUUUAUUAGUUUGGAAUGUGUUGAUUUUGUGACAUAGUGUAGUGAUCCCUCUUUUUGUUCUUCUUUAGAAUGUAAAAUGAGAAAAGUGUAGUUUGCUUGAGCUCCAUUGUUUUUGUGAUUUGUAGUUGUGGUUGAAUCGCUAAGAGUUCCAGAGCUCAUGAAUUUAUGUCUUGUUCGUAAUUGUUUUGAACUAAAGAAAGAGGAUAAUUUUGCUUUUCCAGUUUA